AUGGAUCAAGACGCUCUAGCAGAAGCAUUGGCCAAUCUGGCGGCCAAUCAACAGUUGCAACAACAGCAAUUUCAAAUUCAGCAACAACAAAUGCGUCAACAACAGGACGUACUCACGGCCCUAGCAAAUCGUUUACUUGCAGCACCUGUCGUAGCUGCCCCCGUGAAUCCAGUACCGGCCCCAGCGGUAGCGAUUCGGACUACGCUGGACUCCGAUGUCAAAUACUCGGGAUCAAAAGACGAAUCACUACAAGACUGGCUACAACUGGUUAAUCGAAAAGCGUUAGCAGAAGUCAAAUUAUGCCGCCGCAGAGCUAUUCCUAUCAACGAUGGAGAGAUGAUUCCUUUCCUCAUCCGCGGACUAAUCCGUCCCGAAUUACGAUCAGUAAUGAUGGGUAAUCCGCCAGCGACAGUUAAUGCUUUCCUCACCGAACUUCGUCGACUAGAAUCUAUCAGCGAGUCCCCUUCAGACUCAACGGCAGCGUCAGCGAGUAGUGUUUCACCUCCCAUGAGCACGAAGGAUUCUAAUUCUUUGUCUCAGGCAAUAGAAACACUCGUCAAUCAGGUGUCAUUUCUGAACCGGAGCGCAAACCAAUCUACUACAUCCGGUCCGGUGAAACCAGCGAUCAAACAAGUCUCGUUUGAUCGACGUCCCCCAGGUACAAGAAACGAAAUCCAAUGUUACAAUUGCAACGGAUUUGGACACUUUGCAAGAGAUUGCCCCCAUCCUAACCCACGUUUGUCAAAACCAAAUUCGGGAAAUGGGCAAGCCGCCCCAUCGGGGCAGGAGCGGCAAUAA